AUGAAGGACAUUGUUGCCGGAGACCGUGCGACGACAGCUGAGAAUGAGAAUCUUAACACAGAUUGGGCGCCUGGCUGCUCGAGCACUGCCUCCUGGAUGUAUAAAAAGAGGACUUUGGAAAGGACAGUGAGGACAGACGCACAGCACCUGCAGAUCCAAUCCAGCAAAUCAGUCAACGGGGAAAGAAAAAAGGAAACAGCUUCCAAGAUGGGAGACGCCUUAAUGGCAGAGUUUGGGGCUGCGGCAUCCUUCCUGAGAAAAUCGGAUAAGGAGCGCCUGGAAGCUCAGACCCGACCCUUUGACAUGAAGAAGAAUUGUUUUGUUCCCGACCCUGAAGUGGAGUACGUCAAAGCCCUAAUUACCAGCAGAGAUGGAGACAAAGUCACUGUUGAAACUGAGUUUGGAAAAACCGUCACCGUCAAGGAUGCAGACGUCCACCCCCAGAACCCGCCAAAGUUUGAUAAAAUUGAAGACAUGGCGAUGUUCACUUUCCUUCAUGAACCUGCUGUGCUGUUUAACCUCAAAGAGCGUUACGCAGCUUGGAUGAUUUACACCUACUCAGGACUGUUCUGCGUGACUGUCAACCCCUACAAGUGGCUGCCAGUGUACGACAAGAUGGUGGUUGCUGCCUACAGGGGAAAGAAGAGGAGUGAAGCUCCUCCUCACAUCUACUCCAUCUCUGACAAUGCCUACCAGUACAUGCUGUCAGACAGAGAAAAUCAGUCCAUCCUUAUCACUGGAGAAUCUGGUGCAGGAAAGACUGUGAACACCAAGAGAGUCAUCCAGUACUUUGCCAGCAUCGCAGCUGCUUCCGGGAAGAAGGAUCCAAGUCAGGAGAAAAAGGGCACCCUGGAGGAUCAAAUCAUCCAGGCUAAUCCUGCUCUGGAGGCUUUUGGGAAUGCCAAAACCAUCAGAAACGACAACUCAUCCAGAUUUGGUAAAUUCAUCCGAAUCCACUUUGGAGUCAGCGGAAAGCUGUCCUCCGCCGAUAUUGAGACCUAUCUGCUGGAAAAAUCCCGUGUCACCUAUCAGCUCAAGGCUGAGAGAGACUACCACAUCUUCUACCAGAUUCUGUCCCAACAGAAACCAGAACUGCUGGAAAUGCUGUUGAUCACCAACAACCCCUACGACUACUCUUAUAUCUCCCAAGGAGAGACAACGGUAGCCUCCAUUAAUGACUCAGAGGAGCUGAUGGCUACUGAUGAAGCUUUUGAUGUCCUCGGCUUCACCCAAGAGGAGAAGAAUGGCAUCUAUAAGCUGACUGGUGCCAUCAUGCAUUAUGGAAACAUGAAGUUCAAACAGAAGCAGAGAGAGGAGCAAGCGGAGCCCGAUGGCACAGAGGAUACGGACAAGGUUGCAUAUCUUAUGGGCCUAAAUUCUGCUGACCUCAUCAAGGGACUGUGCCACCCAAGAGUGAAAGUAGGCAAUGAGUGGGUCACCAAAGGCCAAAGUGUGGAGCAGGUGUACUACUCUAUCGGUGCUCUGGCUAAGUCAGUGUACGAGAAAAUGUUCUUGUGGAUGGUGGUGAGAAUCAACCAGUCUCUGGAUACCAAACAGCCCCGUCAAUACUUCAUUGGUGUGUUGGACAUCGCUGGAUUUGAGAUCUUUGAUUUCAACACCUUUGAGCAACUGUGCAUUAACUACACAAAUGAGAAGCUGCAGCAGUUCUUCAACCACCACAUGUUUGUGCUGGAGCAAGAAGAGUACAAGAAAGAAGGCAUUGUGUGGGAGUUCAUUGACUUUGGCAUGGAUCUGGCAGCCUGCAUUGAGCUAAUUGAAAAGCCCAUGGCUGAAUCAGCCCAGGAUUCAGGAGGCAAAGGAGGAAAGGGAGCAAAGAAGAAAGGGUCUUCCUUCCAGACAGUGUCUGCUUUGCACAGGGAGAAUCUGAAUAAAUUGAUGACCAACCUCAGAUCUACCCACCCACAUUUUGUGCGAUGCAUCAUCCCCAAUGAGACGAAGACUCCCGGGGCGAUGGAGAAUCCUCUGGUCAUGCACCAGCUGCGCUGUAACGGUGUGCUGGAAGGAAUCAGGAUCUGCAGGAAGGGAUUCCCUAACAGGAUCCAAUAUGGAGAUUUCAAACAAAGAUAUCGUAUCUUAAACCCCAGCUCUAUUCCCGAUGGACAGUUCAUUGACAACAAGAAAGCGGCGGAAAAGCUUUUGGGCUCUUUGGAUAUUGAUCACGAUCAGUACAGGCUUGGACAUACAAAGGUGUUCUUUAAAGCUGGCCUGCUCGGUGUUCUUGAGGAGAUGAGAGAUGAUCGUCUAGCUCUUAUCAUCACUGGAAUUCAAGCAAGAUCAAGAGGACUGCUUGCCAGAAUAGAGUUUCAGAAGAUCGUAGAGCGCAGGGAUGCUUUGCUGGUGAUCCAGUGGAACGUCCGUGCCUUUAUGGGGGUCAAGAAUUGGCCCUGGAUGAAGAUGUACUUCAAGAUCAAACCUCUGCUGAAGUCAGCCGAAACCGAGAAGGAGAUGGCAAACAUGAAAGAGGAGUUUAUGAAGCUCAAAGAGGCUUACGCUAAAUCUGAAGCCCGCAAGAAAGAGCUGGAGGAAAAAAUGGUCACCCUUCUUCAAGAGAAGAAUGACCUGCAGCUCCAAGUCCAAUCUGAGCAAGACAACCUUACAGAUGCAGAGGAGCGCUGUGAAGGUCUGAUUAAGAGCAAGAUCCAGCUGGAGGCCAAAGCCAAAGAGCUGACGGAAAGACUUGAGGAUGAGGAGGAGAUGAAUGCCGAGCUGACUGCCAAGAAGAGGAAGCUGGAGGAUGAGUGCUCUGAGCUAAAGAAGGACAUCGAUGAUCUGGAGCUGACUUUGGCUAAAGUGGAGAAGGAAAAGCAUGCCACUGAGAACAAGGUGAAAAACCUGACUGAAGAAAUGGCAGCUUUGGAUGAAAUCAUCGCUAAGCUAACCAAAGAGAAGAAAGCUCUUCAGGAGGCUCAUCAGCAAACGCUGGAUGACCUGCAGACUGAGGAGGACAAAGUCAACACUCUAACGAAGGCCAAAGUCAAGCUGGAGCAGCAAGUCGAUGACCUUGAAGGGUCACUGGAACAAGAGAAGAAGGUGAGAAUGGACUUGGAAAGAGCCAAGAGAAAACUGGAGGGGGACUUAAAGCUGACCCAAGAAAAUGUGAUGGAUCUCGAGAAUGACAAGCAGCAACUGGAGGAAAAACUCAAAAAGAAAGAUUUUGAAAUCAGCCAGCAGCUCAGUAAGAUUGAGGAUGAACAGGCCAUGGGUGCUCAGCUCCAGAAAAAAAUGAAGGAGUUACAGGCCCGAAUUGAGGAGCUGGAGGAAGAGCUGGAGGCAGAGCGAGCUGCUCGCGCCAAGGUAGAGAAACAGAGGGCUGACUUAGCCAGGGAGCUGGAGGAGAUCAGCGAGAGGCUGGAGGAGGCUGGGGGAGCCACUGCAGCCCAGAUUGAGAUGAACAAGAAGAGGGAGGCUGAGUUUCAGAAGAUGCGCAGAGACCUCGAAGAGGCCACUCUGCAGCAUGAGGCCACCGCUGCCGCGCUGCGAAAGAAGCACGCGGACAGCGUGGCUGACCUGGGAGAGCAGCUCGACAACCUGCAGAGAGUCAAGCAGAAGCUGGAGAAGGAGAAGAGCGAACUCCGACUGGAGCUGGACGAUGUGGUGUCCAACAUGGAGCAGAUCGUCAAAGUUAAAACGAAUCUUGAGAAAAUGUGCCGAACUCUGGAGGAUCAAAUGACUGAGUACAGGACAAAAUCGGAAGAGGCCCAGCGGUCCAUCAAUGACUUCACAAUGCAAAAGGCAAAGCUCCUGACUGAAAACGGUGAGCUUGCCAGGAUGAUGGAAGAGAAGGACUCUUUGGUCUCCCAGCUGACCAGAGGAAAGUUGUCCUACACUCAGCAGAUUGAAGACCUUAAGAGACAGCUUGAGGAGGAAGUCAAGGCCAAGAAUGCACUCGCCCAUGCAGUGCAGUCUGCGCGGCACGACUGCGAUUUGCUGCGGGAGCAGUUUGAGGAGGAGCAGGAGGCCAAAGCCGAGCUCCAGCGCAGCAUGUCCAAGGCCAACUCCGAGGUGGCUCAGUGGAGGACCAAGUACGAAACUGAUGCUAUCCAAAGGACCGAGGAGCUGGAAGAAUCAAAGAAAAAACUUGCACAGCGCUUGCAGGAUGCUGAAGAGGCUGUCGAAGCUGCUAAUUCCAAGUGCUCCUCCCUGGAGAAAACCAAGCACAGGCUUCAGGGUGAGAUUGAAGAUCUCAUGGUGGACGUGGAGAGAUCUAAUGCAGCUGCCGCCGCUCUGGACAAGAAACAAAGAAACUUUGACAAGGUUCUUGCAGAGUGGAAGCAGAAGUAUGAGGAAUCCCAAACCGAGCUUGAAGGUUCUCAGAAAGAGGCACGCUCUCUUAGCACAGAACUCUUCAAACUGAAGAACUCAUACGAGGAGUCUCUGGAUCAUCUGGAGACCAUGAAGAGAGAAAACAAAAAUCUCCAGGAGGAAAUUUCUGACCUGACUGAGCAACUCGGGGAGGGAGGAAAGAGCAUCCAUGAGCUGGAGAAGAUCAGAAAACAGCUGGAGCAGGAGAAGGCUGAGAUACAAACUGCUCUGGAGGAAGCCGAAGGUUCCCUCGAGCAUGAAGAGAGCAAGAUCCUUCGAACUCAGCUGGAGUUCAACCAGGUGAAGGCGGACAUCGAGCGCAAGCUGGUGGAGAAAGACGAGGAGAUGGAGCAGGCCAAGCGGAACCACCUGAGAGUGACGGACACUUUGCAGAGCUCUCUGGAGUCGGAGACUCGCAGCAGGAACGAGGCUCUCAGACUGAAGAAGAAGAUGGAGGGAGAUCUCAAUGAAAUGGAGAUCCAGCUGAGCCAGGCCAACCGGCAGGCAUCAGAAGCUCAGAAGCAGCUCAAGGGGGUGCAUUCACAUUUGAAGGACUCACAGCUGCAGCUGGAUGAUGCUCUCCGGGCCAAUGACGAUCUGAAGGAGAACAUUGCCAUCGUGGAGAGGCGCAACAACCUGCUGCAGUCUGAGCUGGAUGAGCUGAGGUCCCUGGUGGAGCAGACGGAGAGAGGUCGCAAACUGGCCGAGCAGGAACUGCUGGACGUCAGCGAGAGAGUUCAGCUGCUGCACUCGCAGAACACCAGCCUGCUGAACCAGAAGAAGAAGCUGGAGGGCGACACCUGCCAGCUUCAGGGUGAGGUGGAGGAGGCGGUGCAGGAGUGCAGGAAUGCUGAGGAGAAGGCAAAGAAGGCCAUCACCGACGCAGCCAUGAUGGCGGAAGAGCUGAAGAAAGAGCAGGACACCAGCGCCCACUUGGAGCGGAUGAAGAAAAACAUGGAGCAAACCAUCAAAGAUCUCCAGCACCGCCUGGACGAGGCCGAGCAGAUAGCCAUGAAAGGUGGCAAGAAGCAGGUCCAGAAGCUGGAGGCCAGGGUGAGAGAGCUGGAAAAUGAGGUGGAUAUGGAGCAAAAGAAAAGCAGUGACUCAGUGAAAGGUGUCCGCAAAUACGAGAGACGCAUCAAAGAGCUCUCCUAUCAGACGGAGGAGGAUAAAAAGAAUCUGAGUCGCCUGCAGGACCUGGUGGAUAAACUGCAGAUGAAAGUUAAAUCCUACAAGAGGACUGCAGAGGAGGCCGAGGAGCAGUCAAAUUCGAAUCUGGGCAAGCUGCGCAAGUUGCAGCAUGAGCUGGAGGAAGCGGAGGAGAGGGCCGACAUCGCCGAGUCUCAGGUCAACAAGCUGAGAGCCAAGAGCAGAGACUCCGGAUCUAAGAAAUCCCACGAUGAAGAGUGA